AUGCUACCCCGGUUCUGUUUCACAACCAGACAAAUACUCGCAAUCCAUCGAUCUUCUCCGCAGACUCGCUUUUCAUCUCCACUCCCUCGACCGUCAUCCUUUAAGCUCUCCCCGCGAUUAUACACCUCCGCUGCUUAUCCUCGUGGCACGAUGUCUUCUUCGGCAACAGAGCCGGCUUCAGCUACUAGGAUCAAUCUCUCCCCCGCUACGGACUCUGGCGUGUUUAGCGCUGGUGUUAGGGAGGAUACGGCGCGACUUACGAGUUCCCUUUUGCAGGAUGAUAUGGAGAAGCAUCAUGUCUUUUUUAAUGACCAGGGAUUUCAUAAUCAUAUACCCCAUCUCCUCCUGAGUAUUUAUGCUUUAGGUGCAACACCUGAGCAGGUAGAGGGUGCCUACAGCCGGAAUCAGAGCUAUCAGAGACCUGCGAUGCCGGCUGAUCAGGGUGUUGUCCAGUCUAUGCGUGACGUGGAUGGAUUCCUGGCUGGUAUGGGGAAGGAGAAGAAUUAUUCUAAUUAUUUGGCGUUUUUCCAGAGUGAGAUUGGGGUGAAAGGUGUUGGGGAUGUUCUUAGGGAGUACCUUUUUGCUGGGGAUGAGAGGGCUGAGACUAUGUUGUGUCGCUUGUUUGGUGGUCUGAUUCACCCGCUUAUCCAUCUCUCCUUUGGAUUGGAGUUCAAUCAGCCUGCCAUUGUGGCUCAGGGUUUGGCUCAGACGGCUGUGCAUGAUGACUGGCUUGGUCGGGCGUUCUUCCUUCCUGCUGAGAAGAUGUCUGCUGGUGUUGGUGUGGCUGGCAAAAAGUCGUUGCUCGAGCUUUUGAACGAGUGUCGGGCUGAUAAGGCUCUCACUGAGAGUGUUAAGUGGGCUGAUAGUAAUAAGAUCAAGGAUGGUGUGAUGACCAGAGCUCCAGAGCAGAUGAUCAAAUAUGCUGCUCAGUUCACUGUUUCCGAAGAUCAGGUUGAAGAGAGACUGGCGGAUAUGAUUAACACAGUCGUCUACUACACCAGCGCCGCACAGCGUCCGACCCGAGAAAUGAAACUUGACUUCUUCUUCAUUCACUGUGUCAACUCAUCCAUCUUCUUCUCCAAGAUCAUCAACCUCCCAUACCUGGAUCAGCGAUCAAAGCUGCGCCUCAUGGAAUGGAAAGGACGCAUCGACCUACUGAUGUAUGUCUCACGCGGGUCACCAGACCUCCUCCUGGACGAGGUAGCCAGAUACCCUAUCAAGGAAGACUGGCCCCAAAUCUUCGGACGCGCCGUGACCCAUGGCACAGAUGACGGACAUCUCGCCAAGCUGGCCCGAGCAGUGGCCCACGGCCAGCGGGUCUGCCAAGGGGUCGAGAAUAAGCAUCAGAUGCCGAUCCAUGGGGAUAUGUGGCUGAGAAUCGGGAACAUCGCUGUCGACUCCACCGUUGAGGAAGGGGAGAGAGGGAUGUGGGUCCGAUCCACUGGCUUUGAUGAGGCCUGGGAGCCUCAGGGACGCGCGCAUAUGUGAUUGAAAUGCUUUGCUUUGAAUAAUCUCCAGAUUGUAGCUGAAAAAGUAUGCUUUGCUACAUGUUAUAGCCAAAUUGAUCGAGGUUGAAGUACAGUGUGGUUCCACUCCGGGAGCUGCGGUGGGUCUCUUGACGCCAGCGGCUCAACGGGAUAGGGAUUGUAGAUGCUUUGAGCAUAGAAUUGGAGAUCUGACCGUGAGAGUAUAUCA